AUGGGCGGAGGAGAUCGCAUGGGGCAACUGGGAAGCCGCCUAAACAUGCACAUGAACUGGCAACAGCAAUCUCUGAUCAAAUUCGAGAAAAAUUUCUACCGAGAACACCCCAACGUAACACGAACAUCAUCCUUUCAGAUGUUGUAGGCGUAUGUCGGUACUAGAGGUAGAGCAUGUGUACUAGUAGAUAUGGUCAAAAAAAAUAUGGUGCAUGUCGGCGCGUGCUCUUCCGCCGGUGCGGAAGGGUCCGCUACUAGCCGGCGUGCGCCGAGGGGGCUAGAGAAAAUACCUCGUCAAGGUACAGCGUUUAUGAUUAUUCAUCUUCUGCUUCUACUUCGUUAUUGCUAAUGUUACUAGUCUCGAGGUAUUUUUGCAGCCUCCUCUUCUCAAGCUAGAUGCAAAAAAAGUGAAAGCGCAGCUAAUGAACAUGAUUGUGCUUCUCCUCGCCUCUUCUUUAUCAACUACUUUUUUAUCCAGCGAAUCUAGAUCUUCCGAAUGUGUGCAGGCGCAUCAACCCAUCCCACCUAGCUCACUUCGCCGUUUAAGUAGUCUUCACAUUUACAUGUACAUCCAGAUGUGAAAUCUUCCACUUUUUUAGGUGACAGCACUGUCGGAGCAGGAUGUGCGAAGAUAUCGGGAAGAAAAACAAAUCAACAUUGUCUUCGGCCACCACGUUCCUAAACCGAUUCGAACGUUUGAGGAGGCACCGUUUCCACAACAUCUUAAGCAGGCACUCUACGGCGCAGGAUUUCAGGCUCCAACGACCAUCCAAGUUCAGGGCUGGCCAAUAGCACUCUCAGGUUACGGCAGGAGGCUGAUGUAUAUGAUAUAGAAAUUAGGAAUCUUCGGCCGUUUGAGCUUGUAUAUUACUAGGUUGUAGUGAUGAACAAGAUGUCCUAUUGCUUGUUGGCGGCAUUACGUUGAGGACAUUAUAUUUAUAAAUAUUUAUAUCAUUAACAUCAACGUUAUUCAAUUUCAAGUAUCUAAAAGACUCAAGAAUAAGAACUGUGAUCAUCCACACAUAAGCUCUAAGACGCAAAAGACAUGGUUGGAAUCGCUGACACAGGAAGUGGCAAGACACUAGCGUUUCUACUGCCAGGCAUCGUGCACAUUCAGGCGCAGCCUGCUCUGCAGCGGGGCGAAGGACCCAUCAUGUUGGUACGUUUUUACAAGAGAGCAAGGCUUGCUCCUCGUCCAUCUUGUCAACUUUUUGCAUUCUCCUACGCAUUCUCCUACCAAUUUUUUUGGUCCAACUCCAAUCAUUUAAGUUUAUGUUUCCAAACCCAAACGCAUGAGCAGUAUUCGAGGAUGUUGAAAAUCACUCUGCAUCUAGAAACUAACCUCUUCGUCGCAUGAACAUUCAGGUCCUCGCCCCGACGCGCGAACUGUCAGUGCAAAUACAAGAGGAGUGCAAUAAAUUCGGAAAGGUUGCGAACAUCAGAAACACCUGUGUGUACGGAGGCGUUCCGAGAAAUCGGCAAGCAGGAGACUUACGCAACGGCGUCGAAAUUGUAGUGGCAACUUGCGGACGAUUGAUAGAUUUUCUCGAGCAGGGAACCACAAAUCUUAAUUAUGCCACGAGGACAACGACAAUACAACUAGUACUAUAGUAUAAAUUCCAUCCAAUAUAAUUGUAGUUCUAAUACGUGAUUCAUCGAGAACAGGGAGAUCGAGAUCGAACAAGCAUUAAUUUUAAUAAAUCAAUUAUAUGUUUCUUUUUCAUUAGUAGACUCUACUAGAUGAGGUACUUACUCCUACUAGAUGUACAUACAAUAUGACAAGGAAGUCGCGGCUUCACUCAUCUUCCGAAAAGUCUAAUCCUUGCGAGUGACCUAUCUCGUCAUGGACGAAGCCGAUCGAAUGCUUGAUAUGGGAUUCGAACCACAGGCACUAGGCUAAUUUUAUUGCCUUUGCUGAGAAGUAUACAUGAUGAUGCUCUCUCAUAUUUAUUACAUUCAACAUCAGCAGGUACAGAUGAAAAUACCGGUGGCUUUCGAAAGUGAAACUCAUCAAUACCAGUAGGGCAUGAACAAGCAAAGUUAAAUAUGCUGCAUGAUCAAGAUCAUGUCGAUCUCUUUCUCUCUCUUGAUGCAGGUUCGCAAGAUAUCGUCGCAGAUUCGACCUGACAGACAGACACUUUUGUGGUCUGCUACAUGGCCAAAAGAGGUGCAGAAGCUGGCUCGCGAUUUGUGCCGUGAAGACCCGGUGCAUAUCAACAUCGGCUCUCUGGAUUUGAAAGCGUCGCACAAUAUUUCACAGUUCGUUGAGAUUAUCCAAGAAUACGAGAAGAAACGCAGACUGCAAGAACUGCUGCACAACAUCAUGGACGGAAGCAAAAUCCUUAUUUUCGUCGAAACCAAGCGCGGCGCUGAUACCCUGACUAAGGAGAUGCGUGUGGCGGGAUGGCCAGCACUGGCAAUUCAUGGGGAUAAAAAGCAGGAGGAACGGGAUUGGGUGCUCAAGGAGUUUCGAGAAGGCAGAAACCCAAUUUUGAUCGCUACUGAUGUUGCGGCCCGCGGUCUUGACGUGAAAGACAUCAAGCAUGUGGUGAAUUUCGACUUCCCAAAUCAGAUAGAGGACUACGUGCAUCGCAUCGGGAGAACGGGUAAUGUUAAAGUUGUAGAAUAACAAAUGAGUUUGAGUAUCUGUUUGCUCGAAGUUAAGUAAUCUUAAUGUUGUCCUCAUCGCAUUUUUUAGUACUAGUAGAAUCAAUCAAAAUGUACGUAAGCACUUACUUUUUACAAUUUGUUGAUCCUUCAGGUCGAGCUGGCGCCACGGGGUCUGCCUAUACAUUUUUUACACCUGACAAAGUACGCAUGGCAGGAGCACUAAUGUCUAUCCUCCGCGAAGCGGCCCAGCAAGUGCCAGGCGAGUUGGCGCGCAUGGCGCAGGGUCAGGGGUCAUUCGGCGGACCACCCAGUAAGGGAGGCGGCAAGCGUAGGUGGUAAUUGCGUACUUACAAAAGGCAGACACAUUUGAGCAGAGAAUCACCAUGAGAACGCCUCCAACACACAUUGGAGUAAGGGCGAAUUCAUCUUUAAUCAUUUGAAUGAAUCCUUUCGCUUCACCAUCAUUUGUUGUAAACAGAAGCGUUGUGUUAGAAACUCGUGUAAAAUUUGGUAAAACCGAAACGACCCCGACUAGUAAAAACCCAUUUGAUUUCAAGAUCAAGAACGGAACCCGGAUAGCGAUAGCAACCAUGACCGAAAAAGUUCUAGACAGACGCACACGAUGAACGAGAUAGGGCCAAACGUUCAGCUUUUCAAAAGAAAUGAUCAUCAUUAUCAAAACCGGUCCAGCUGUCAUUAAGGCUUCUUUCUAGAAUGUGGCGCUCCUUUAACGAACGCGAUUUCAUCCAUGGAACAAAGAGACUAUGUAUUAUUUUCCCUAAAAGUAUCAACAUCAAGCGUACAUCCGCAGGAUGUGAGAAACAAGAUCGCUAAUCGUAUCGCUACAAAGCGAAGAUUGGCGACGCGCUCCUCCCUUCCUUUUUCUUU